AUGAAACGCAGUGCUCGCACAGUGAGUUCCUCUUUAACCGAGACUACCAAUAAUCAUUCCCCAAAACGUUCUUGUGUCCAACGAAAUAAACUUUGUGUUGCUAGUAAUUCAACAAGUGCUUGUUCAUCAUCACCAAAUGAUAUGUUAACUAUGGAAGAUCAUAUUCAAUCAUUAAUAUCUAUGGGAUUUAUUGAUAGAGAUUUAAAUCGUAAAGCAUUAAUUAAAGCUAAUAAUGAUAUAAGUGAAGCUGUAACUAUUCUAACUAGUUCAGAUUAUUAUAAUGAUGAUAUUCUUAUACCCACUGAAACAAUGGCAUCAACCAUAAUCGGUCCACUUACUAAAGAACAACUUGAGCAACAACAGCAACAAACAGUACAUGAUUUAAAAUUUUUCAUGUUAAUGUUCUUUGUAUUCAUUUUGGCCUUUGGUGUAUCAUUUUACAGUUUAGUCCAUGGUGUACAAAAAUUUUCCUGGCAUUUACCACGUGAAGUUAUAAAUGUUGCUUAUUGGCAAAUAUUUGGCGAAUUACAAGCUUUAGAUACAUUUGAACAUAAUUAUAAAGCAAAUGGUUAUGCAGCGUUUAUUUUAUUAGUUGCUUAUACGGCGGUUGUUAGUAUACUCUUGGUUAAUCUACUUAUUGCUAUGUUCAGUAAUACUUUCGAUCGUCUUCAAAGUAAUACAGAUUGUAUUUGGAAAUUUCAACGAUAUUCAUUAGUGUGUGAAUAUUUAUCACGUCCAUCAUUUCCACCACCAUUCAUUUUCUUGUCUCAUCUUUGGCGAUUGACAUUAUUUACAUUGGCCAAAUGUCCUCAACUAGAAUUUGUCCAAAAUAAAUAUGCAGAACAUUUGAGUCGAACAAAAUACAAAAUUUCACUUGACGACAAAAGUGUAACAAAAAUUGAAACUGCUGAAGAUGCAUAUGGUGAUGAAGUGUAUUAUAGCUUUUUAAAAAUGGGAAGAAAAUCAUUUGAUGAAACUGAUCUAGAUGAAGAACGAGUUCAAUCACCACAAGAGAAUAUAUUGAAUAGAAUUCGAACACUUGAAAAUCGUAUGCAACUAAUGAGUAAUCAACAAGCUCAUAUGUGCGAUUAUCUUGAACAUUUGAUGGAUGGUUUAAAAGUUAUGGGUGGUGAGCGUAUCAAAGUACCUGAACGACGUCGUUUAGAUCCUGAAGAAUCAUUUGAUGAAGCAAAGAUUAAUACUAAUGAAGCAAAACGAGGUUCUCGACAACGAUCAUUAUUAGAUGAUGAUCGUCCUAGGUCAAACUCUGUUACUGAUGAGCAACAAUCAACAACAACUACUCCUUUUUCUUCCCGCAGAAAUAUGUCAGAAAAUAGUCAAACAUUUACUCAAUCAACAAAUACAAACAAUAAUAAUAGCAACCCAACAUCGGAUACAGUAUCAUCAUCUGUUCCAUUUACACUCAAACGUUGGAAUCUUGUUGGUAUUUGGAGUUGGGAUGUAGCUCAUGAUGUAUGUGCUAUAUGCCGAACGGCUUUAUCUGAAUCUUGCCUACGUUGUCAAGCAGCAAGUAAUCUUCAAGAAUGUAUUAUUGUCUGGGGUACAUGCAAUCAUUCAUUUCAUAAUUGUUGUAUGAGUCAAUGGGUUAAACAACGAGCACAAUGUCCACUUUGUCAAACAGAUUGGGUUAUUAAUCGAAUUGGACAAUAA